AUGAGGCCUUCAGUCUCUCAUUAUAUUCCCCUUUUUGUAGCAGGCCCUGAUAAGACUAUCGCUAUACAGCGGGGUCGGGGGGUCCCUGUUUUGAUGGAAGCCUUUUCUUAUGCAGACUUGACUGUUGCUAAGCGUCGACAACUUGCACGAAAUCUCUAUCAUCUAAUAGACUGCAAGCACCCUAGUUUACUAGUGUAUUUGACUCUCAUCAACGAUAGAUCUAGAUGCAGUUACUCUUUAGUUUCAGAGGCAGCCACAUUGCGUCCACUUUCAGACGAGCUUUGUGUACAGACGUCUUUGCGAAUAUUUAGCACCACUCAUAGCAUCACUGCUUUCCUGAUUGACCUUCUUGGAGCCGUUAAGUUUGUCUUCGAUCGACAUAUGCACAAGGAAGCGAUUAAGCUACUAUGCCACUCAAUUUCACUUGAGAACGUGUAUCUUCAGGCGGAUGGACACGCAAAACUAGCACUUCGUCCGUACUAUGGCCGGAAGCAACCAAGACCUGCUACUCCUCCAGAUCAAUGGCCUUUGGACAUCUAUAAAAAUCCCAGCCCAGAAACUAUCGUUUUUCUGCUAGGGCAAAUAGUCCUUAGAUUGAUACUGACAACCGAUGACUUUACCGAAUUCACUAAAGGGAGAGCAUAUUUAUUGUCUCUCCAUUGUAGAGCUAGAUUUGGGGUGCAUAUCGUUGAGUUGGUUGAGCGAAUGACUCGCACAGUAGCCAAAGAAAGGGUUACACUACGUUCCUUAUUUGACGAGUACUGCACAUCCGAGAUGAAUCGAGUCGCAGACGUCUCUCGCGGCAUAUCUAGAACGUCUGAGUUAGGGAUGACAGACUUGAUGAUUGCUGCAGGACUCGAUGAAUACCGAAGCAUUUCUCUUUAUCUUCCCUUUCAGCAGUUCUACACCGAUAACCUAGGCCGCACAGCCUUGAUGGUUGCACUCGAAAAUCACGCCUACACGGCAGCUUACUAUCUUCUUUCUGAAAGUGGCUACAUACACAGGCUACCGAAUGUGGACUAUGGCGACCUUGACUACAUUCCAACCAAGGCGGAGUUAGAUGAGAUAGCCGCUGCAGAAGCAGCGGAGCAAGAAGCAGCGGAACAAGCUGAGCGCCUUGCUGCAGAAAAGAAGGCUCGAGGGAAGAAGAAAAAGGUAUCGCGGCCCAAUACAGCUAUGGAUGAUGAUGCCAAACCGCCGUCAAGAACAAGCAGCCGCUCGGGGGCUCGACCGGGCGGCUCAGACAAGGGUCAGGUUUCGGGAGAAAAGAAGAGCUCGGAAAGGCUUCGAGAAGAGCUCGAAGCCAAAAAGGCUGCUCGUCCACUUCCCUACGCAGGUGUUCGAGGAUCUUUUAUAACAACACAGUUGAUGAAGGAACACAAGCACGCUCUGUUCAGGGCUGCCAUCCACUACGAGCGCCACCUUCUUCUGCAAGAGGGUUUUACAGAAUUAAUGAUCGCAAUUAUGGCAGCAAGCUACAAAACCUUUCGACAGUAUAUGCACCAAACAAAGAGACAAGACAUCAGGGGCUAUACGGCAUGUAUGUACUCCGUUGAGGCCAAUUGUCUUCCUAUUGUUACCAGGCUAAUAGAAGAAGAGAAAACCAUAACGAAUAAUGAUGGGAAAACUGCAGGCACUUUGGCACUAGAAAUAGGAAACCAGCAAAUUAUUGAUUUGUUGACGCGUUAUGAGUCUUUGUUAGAUCCAGAUGGAAACACUCUUCUGCAUCGUUCCGUUCUUAGCAAUAGACCAGAAGACAUAUCAAAGUAUCUCCAUCUGGCAUCUACUUACAAUAGCAAUGAUAAGACAGCGUUAAUGCUGGCAGCUGAACGGGGAUAUGAUAAAUGCGUUGAGAUGCUGCUUUCUGAAGCCAAGCUAACCACACAAACAGGACCUGAUGUACUAGCAGGGUGGAAGGAUAUCACUGCUCUCAUGCUCGCCGCGUGCAACGGGCAUGCAACUUGUGUGAAGCUUUUGGAGGAAGAGGAAGCAGAGAUGCGUGAUUCUAAUGGACAACAUACGGCAUUAAUGGCAGCAGCUUUGACCAAUAGGAUCGAGGCAAUAGCUAUCCUGCUCAAUAGAGAGGGAGGACUACAGAACCACCAAGGGUAUACGGCACUUAUGCUGGCCGCACAACACGAGAAUGUUGAAGCAUUGAAUGCUUUAGUACACGUGGAAGCAGGAACGGUGGACAGGUCAGAUAAUACCGCUCUAAUGCAGGCCGUGUUGACAGGAAAAACCGAUGUUGCAAGGCACUUAAUUGCUGCAGAGGCACAGGUUAUACGAAAAGAUGGAAACUUCGCGCUCCAACUAGCAAUUGAGCAAAAUCAUCCUGACCUAGCUCGUGAGUUAAUGGAACGAGAAGGGCAUAUUCUAUGUUCUAUAGGAUUUACGGAUCUUAUGACGAGCGCCUUCUUUGGAGACCUACGUGAAUGUAGUCAUCUAUUAGACCAGGUUAGAUGCAGAACAAACACGGGUAUGACAGCUCUUAUGAUUGCUGCAAGGGCAGGGCACUUAGACGUUGUACAACUUCUUUCUGAGCACGAGAUAGGACUAUUUGACCAAAAUGCAGUGACGGCCGGAUCUUAUGCAUACAGAAACGGUCACGAACCGAUUUACUCCUUACUAGCAGAGCGGGAAGUAGUGGCGGAUGAAGCCAAGAAUACACUUCUUCACAAAGCAGCAGAAGCAGGGGACAUUUCAUUAGUCAAACGUUACCAUCAUAUGGUAGGACGGAUUAACGGCCAGAACAAGACCGCGUGUCAGCUGGCCAAGAACUUCAAGCACGAAGAGGUCGUAAGCUAUUUAGAGCGGAAGGGUGACGCGGUUGAUACGGACCAAUCUACACUACUCCACUUGGCAGCUAUUAAGAACAGUACAGACGAGGUUGGAAAGCUACUACACAUGGCUGGCUGCUACAACAAAGCCGGAAGGACUGCUCUGAUGGAAGCAGCAGAGAGGGACCAUGCCGACAUUGUAGAACUCCUACUACCCUACGAGGCUCACAUCAGAGCAACAAAAGGAUUUACUGUCGGGGGAGUUGAGUUUGCCCGGCCCACAGCCCUAAUGAUAGCAUCCCGUUCUGGGUCGGCUGCUGCCUGUGAAAAGCUAGUAUCAACUGAGGCCAGACUUUUUACCCAUGGGGCACGCCUCACUGCCCUGAUGGCAGCUGCGCUUCAGGACAAGUUGGAAUGCAUUGGGGUGCUGCAGGGGGUAGAACAAAGAAUGGUUAAUUACUCAGGAAGGACAGCUCUCAUGUUGGCUGCUAAAGCAGGAAAGGUCGCUGCUGUCAAGGCCCUUGCCGUGCACGAGCAUGGCCUUGUAGAUCUAGAAAGUAAGAAUGCCGCCACGAUAGCAAAGCUAGCUAAGAAGACAGAUUGUGUGGUAGCGCUUAAGCCUUAUGAAAAGCCAGAAGCAAGAUCGCGCCCACCUACGCAUACAGAAUGCAGGGAUACAAACGACAUUCAGCUCAACAACGGGCCAAACGAGACCGAAGAUGAUGUAGUAGAGAAGUAA